CACCUCAAGCUUGUUGGAUGUUUGGACGCUGAGACACGCGCACAGAGGUGGAAAAGGGCCCUCUUUGAGUCCGAUCGAAUCGAUGGUUUCCUUUCAUACAGCUCUGCCCGACGCUCCACCUUCUGGUGUUCCUGCAACAGAAUUCGAAGCUUCUUCAAAGAAGAGGAAGUGGGAAGAGCCGCUUGCUAGAGAAUUUCUCAGGGAUCAGACCAAAGCGGAUAGAAGGAAAUCCAUCUUCGAUAUAGAGCUUCACCUUGAGACCCCUUUGCCUUCUGAUAAAUGGCAACAAUACCUCGGUAUUCAGUCAGGGCAGAUACAUAACACAAAGAUGAAUAGGAAACCAGCGGAGGACCGGAAGAGCGCUGAGCCUGAACCACCAUCUCCCGGGCACAUGAGCCUGGACCUUGGGCUGAACUUAACAUGUGAAUCCCCAAGGAAUAAAACAGGAAGCGGUUAUGGUGUAAAUGAGAAGCAGAAUCGCAGUUCCCGUGGAAUUUUGAAAGAGCAUCAGGAUCUGUUUGUUGAAUCGAGAGAGGAGGAUAAGAAGGGUUCCGAGGGGUUAACUCGUUCUCCGUCGUGGUUGUCAUCGGAGGUAGAUCAGAAAGAGAUGGUCGCAACGGUAUGCAUGCGGUGCCACAUGUUGGUGAUGCUGUGUAAGUCAUCCCCUGCGUGUCCCAACUGCAAAUUCAUGCACCCACCGGACCAAAACCCUUCAACGUUCUUGAAGAGGAGAUGCAGCCUCUUGUGCUAGUUCAUAAUUAAGAAACGUGCAGAUAAUGGUUUAGAUUUGUUAGCUUUAGCGUCGUCUUUUUAUUCUGUGGUGAAUAGCCAAGUCUGUGUACGCUGCUGUAAGCUGAAAUUAGUGGAGAUGAGGGUUAUUCUACCU